CCAUACUUCAAAACUCGAACAACGAAAACGACGACAGCAGUACAGAGAGACAUCAGAAAAGAAGUUCCAUCACCAGAAGUGCAUCUAAUUUUUUUGUGGGGAUUUCUGUGUUUGAUAAUCGUGCCUAAGUUGUUCCAAAUCAGUUCCUAGACUCGACAAUCCGUUGGUGAAACGAGAAAUGUAAAAAGUGGAUCGGAUAUUCCGCGUUCGGGACGUGUUUUUUUUUUGUGUGGCACACAAAUAUGAAGACGGGAUCCUCUCGAUGGAUUCUUGGUACCGUCUAGAAGUGGCUGGCUUCUCAGAUACGAAGACCAGAGUGUGACGUAUGUGACUUCGUAAUGUCCAAAUCGGAAGAAAUUCAAUGACUUAGGCUUAGGGGAUUAGUGAGUAGUGCUGCUGUCCGUUUACAUAUUUGCCACAUCAAUCAAAGUGUUUCGCACUAAGUUUUGUACGAUAUAAUGCCAUUUAGUGCCCUGUGGAUAAGAAGAUCCACGAAGAUAUCAUUGGAAGAAAAGUCGCGCCUCUAGACGUAGACGUAAGGUAUUCCUGCGGUCAGUGGAUCAUUAGGGUAGAUCAACUUCAUUCAACAAAGCUUUUUACCAGUCAGUCAGUCAGUGAGUCAAAACAUACAACGAUCCGUCUUUCGUGGCCAGUAGAAGAGAGAAGGAAGCAAAAUAGUGUACCUACCUACAAAGGCCGAAACUGUGUUGAAGAAAAUUAUCUAACUGCUAUAAGGAGGUGUAUACGCCAACCACACAACAAAACGAUACACGGGCAGCUCAGUGCUCAGUGCGGCGCAUACAUAAUAAGAAGAGCGUCGAUUCGUAAGAGCUGACCGAUACCGAUCCCCUGCAAGCAACAAGUGGCGGCGCCCCGAUGAAUACGACGCUGGACGACAGUGGCAGUACGGAAUGGUCCACUCUGCACUGCAGCAAAGAUGCACUGACCGACUUUUUCGGUUGGUUCCUGCAGGGCAUCCUGGCCACGCUGGCCUUCACGUGUCUAAUCGGUAAACGAUUCUGCGAACCACUUUACAACAGACGAUCAUGGGAAACGUGGUGGUACGAUACAUCGAAGCAAGGUAUCGGCGCCAUGGUGAUCCACAUGACCAACGUCUACCUGGCCCCGCUAUUCCAGGGGGAUCCCUGUACCUGGUAUAUAAUUAACUUUCUACUGGAUUCCACUAUCGGCCUAUUCAUAAUUUAUAUCGGCAUUAAAACCUGUCAGUAUUUGGCGCGGAAGAAAAAAUGGGAUGCGAUCAACUUUGGCGAGUAUGGGGCUCCCAAAUCGUGGCUUUACCAGACCUGGAUCUACGUUGGACUGAUGGCGAUCGUUAAGCUAAUAACGACUCUAUUCAUUCAGCUCGACAUCUGGGACAACGUGAAAAACUUUGUCCUGUCACCCUUCAAGGAUCCUCGCAUCGAACUGGCCGUGGUGAUGUUGGUGAUUCCUUUCUUCGUUAAUAUUCUCAUCUUUUGGGUAACCGAUAAUUUCCUAAUGAGGCACACACGAAAAAAGCGCAAUACAGGUACUGCACAUCACCACGGAAGGGAACAUAGCCUGUUGCAAAAAGUAAAAUACAAAAUGAUACAAAAAACCAAACCUAAUGACUCAGAAUCUGAUACUCUUUUAUCAGGCGAUGAAGAAAUUUUAAGUUUUAAGGCGUCCAACAGCGCCACGACAUCGUCGUCGCUUCUGCAGGGGUCCGCAAGCUGUUCCUCGACGGCGCUGGUCGUGGACGAUACGGCAAUCAUUCUCACCUCUUCGGCGACAUCACCUAGCAGUAAGCAAACAACUGUCCAGCAGCGAACGAGUGUGAUCAAUAUUUAACGAAGGUUUUGUUUAGUUUUGCUUAUUUGCAACAAUUUUUACCUAUAUCGUAUCUGUAUAAGUCAUGUAUAGUCUGAACAACGCAUCAUCCCCCAGCCGGGACGACACGAACCACUUUUUCAUUGUUGAAACAGAGGGAAAUCCAAGGCAAUAGAUUAGCUAUGAUUUUUUUUUCUUGUUGAAACUGAGAGUAAAAACAUGUGAUAUUUGUGUGUCUAUAUCUACAUAUAUACAUAUUUACAUACAUAUUCAAGGCUACGUAAACCAUUCAGGAAGCUUAGAAAUUGGAAUUGACGGAUAUCAAAAUAUCCCUCUCCAUACCACAAUGUUGUUGAACUUAAUUACAUUCAAGAAGGUAUUGAAGGAGCAACGAUAGGCAAACAGUGAUUGGAUAUUAGCGCAAGAGAUUGGUAACUGAUGUGAAACUGAGCCCACUUACUUAGGCAAGUCGAGCAGAUGAUUAGAAUUGAGAAACUGUAGACGAAACACGGAUAUUGUAUUUUGUAGGGCAAUGAUAGGCUAAGUCAAUCAACAAUAAACUAUUGAGUAACCAGCGAAAAAGUCGAACUAGGAAGGAUUGGUUUUAUUUUUUUUAUAUAUACACAAACAGACAUCAAAAGAUUAUAUCAACGGCAGGAGAAAAAUUGAAAGAAUAAAAAUUACCAUUUGAAUAA